AUGAAUUUUGCUCCGUUCACCGGGCACAUACCGACAGCGGCGGCGAUUCCUACGAUCCAUCAGUUCGCCGCAAAGUUCGGAUAUGAAAACAGUGGUAGCAGCUCAGGGGGAGUGCUGCAGGAGACGCGGUACCAGGCCACAGGCAGCGGUGGCGGGGCCGUGCAGUUCGCAGUAGCGCCUGGCACCGGGACCGUGGCUGUCGAUGGGGUCAAGUUCCGGCAGGCGGAGAGCGUGGUGGUGGUCAGCAGCGCGCAGCCCGGCACUGUGGCGCUGGCUGGCCUCGCGCCCAUACACACAGUGAACACCGGCGUGAAAUAUCAAACGAUAUCGGCUUCCUCUUCUGUAAACUUGGGUAAUAUCGCGUAUGGAGGGCAGGCGAGCUAUGUGCAGGCUGAGACUGUGCACCAGCAGCUCAAGGCGGAGCAGCGGCCGGAGAAGAGGGAGUAUCGAGAGGAACUACACCACGAUAUCAUGGCCACCAUGAUGCAGCAACACCAAGGAAUCAAUGAUAGUUAUGACGUGUGCGUCUAUUUGUCACCAGUGGCGCAAGCGACUCCCUUGCAGCAGGGCACUCAACAGCUGCUGGUGGUCCUACACGAGCCGAAGGAAGCUGCAGCGUUAGCGCGCGCCAUCAAGCAGGAAGGGAGGAACGACCGGGCCGCCGCCACCGCUCCCACAGAGUUCAUCAGCAUCGGUGACGUCACGGAUAGUUCUACCUGGCAGACGCUGGGCGGGGGAGUGGCGGACUACCUCUCCGCCCUCCCACUGCCCCUCCAUCAUCUCCUCAAGUACUCCACGCCAGCCAAUGUGGUGGAAAGUAAGAGGGAGGAACAACCCACUAUAGUGACCACUGUCAAUGCCAACGCGUUGAAUGCCAUGCCCACUAUAACUGCGAUGCCAGCGAACGCCGUGAACAGCGUAGUUGUACAAACAUCAACAAUAGUUAAUCAGACUGUGAAUCAAAAUACUAACACUGUAGUUAUAUCGAAAAAGAAGAAGAAAAAGAAAUCUAUGAAGGAGAAGAAACCGCGGCCUAAGCCUGGAGAGAUACGACUCACUACUGCACUAGGUUUCUACCGAAAGGACCACUUACGCAAACACACGCGGUCUCACAUAGCGCGGCGUGUGAAGGCCGAGCUCUCUCAGCAAGGCUCGUCGUCGCCGCCGCUCUCCCACGCUGUUCCCGCGCCCGCCCCGGAUCCUUCCUGA